AUGUCUCUCGAGGCCGCGCUGGACGAGGAGAGGCGGGAGAUUUUGGCGUUGUUGGAGGGGAAGAAAACUGCGCCCCGAGCUAAGAGCGUUUCUGGUCCUGGUGGCCGAACAGCAAGCCCGGGAGGUACACCUGUUCGGAGUAUGCUCGAUGUAGACGGUCCUCCAGCAGGUCGCCAUGCAUCCAUAGCGGGUACUGGGGUUGGCAUCACCAGUCCAUCAGGCACUACCACCGGUCCCAGGCCCAGCGUUGUGCGAAGCAUGCUCGACCUGGAUGCUCCUGCACCUCCCGCAAACCGCACCCGCACGGCCGUCUCUCCGCCUCCGUUCUCUGCGACGGGUCGAAAACCGGAAGAUCAAUACAACUUCGAAAUGCUGCCCAGCAUUGAGUCGCACUCGAUGCCGAAACGGGUCACGCAGGGCGGGAAGAAAAAACAGAAACCCGGAGCAGUGCCGGCCAUUAGUCCCGAAGAGUUGGAGAAAUUCAUCAAGGAACGAGGAGGGCGGCACCACUCCACGGCUAGUAUACUCGGAAAGACCCAGAAGACACACUCUCCGUCCUCGCGUGCGUCAGCUCGAUCUGUGUCUCCGGGCGGGCGGAACCUCAACUCCAACUCGCUCAAUCUCAUGGCCGAUCCGGACAAGUUUGUCACUGAAAGUGGAAAGGUUGUUGACUUGAAGAACGCCUACCGUCGGCUGUCCGAUGCUGCGCUGCUUCGCUCGGGCGGAAGCCUUUCCACUCUAGGAACCCGAAAGGGCUCUGAUCAUAUAGCGGGAGAAUCACUUGCUCCGGGCGGUGGUAUGCGGCUGGAGAAGGACUACUACGGUGACGACGAUGAGGCGGCAGUAGAGUCGAGCGAGCAAGAGGACUCUGGUAGCUCAGCGGAUGAGGGAUCAGAAUCUGGAAAGCGAAGAGGACGAAUACGCAGCAGGAGUAUUGACGAAGGCGACCAGGGCGAGAGGAAACCGAAAAGCCUUCUGGCGGCCGCGGAGGAUGACCGCAAGCGGCAGGCUGAGAUCUACAAGGUCCGAUCACUUCUCGAGCCUGCCAUCAGUGUCACUGGCCCAGACGGCGAAAGGCUGUCAAGGAAGAAAACUGGCGUGCAUCCCAAUUCGAACUUUGACAACGCUUCAGGGGUCUCCACGCCUGUCGAUUCCGAUACCGAAGCCGACAUAUCGGAGAUCAAGCGUGCUCAGAGAAUGGCCCUCACAAUGUCGCCAAUCCACUCAGCGCCCGAGGCACACCGAUGCAUUCGGCAGAUCAUCCGAGGGGAGUACUCGAGGAUGCAGCAGGAAGCGGAGGCCGGCUUACGGCGUCAGCGAGUCUACCUGGUCUCGACCGAUGUGAGCGAAGAAGCCGCUUAUGCACUGGAGUGGACCAUAGGCACCGUCCUCAGAGAUGGCGAUACCUUGCUUGCCGUCAACGCGAUUGAUGCAGAGCAAGGAGGUGGCGCCGAGUCUAGCAUUGGAAUUGGCGAGGGCGCUCAGGCAGCGUUGGAGUCGGAGACGCUUGCUAGGACGUUAUCCAACCAACAGCGUUACGACGGCAGCGCCAACUUGCCUACAAUGUCGUCGCCUUUGUACCAGAGCACUGUUCCCGGUUCUGGAACCCCGCCUAAUCUUACGAAUAUGGAUAAGGCGGAACGCGACAGGUGGAACAAUGCGGAUGAGAUCUCAAAGACGUGUGUCAAGCUGCUUCGUAAAACGAGGCUGCAGGUCAGGGUCGUCGUUGAAGUAUUUCACUGCAAGAGUCCCAAGCAUAUGAUCACUGAAGUGAUUGAUUUUCUGGAACCCACCCUCGUCAUCUUAGGUUCAAGAGGUCGCAGCGCCCUAAAAGGUGUUCUCCUCGGCUCGUUCAGUAACUACCUGGUCACGAAGUCGUCUGUUCCGGUUAUGGUCGCUCGCAAGCGGCUGCGCAAACACAGCAAAUACAAGCGGAACACAUCUCGCUUGUCGAACGUCCUUUCGUAUCCAAGUAACACUCGCCUCCAGCAUGCCAAGAUCGACUAA